AUGUCAUCGUUUGGUACUUUAUUCCGUGUCACCACUUAUGGUGAAUCCCACUGUAAAUCAGUUGGGUGUAUAGUUGAUGGAUGUCCACCAGGAUUAGAAUUAAGUGAAGCUGAUAUUCAACCACAAUUAAGUCGAAGAAGACCAGGUCAAAGUAAAUUAUCGACUCCAAGAAAUGAAAAAGAUCAAGUUCAUAUUCAAUCUGGUACUGAAAACGGAUUAAGUUUAGGAUCACCAAUUGGUAUGUUGGUUCAAAAUGAAGAUCAUAGACCACAUGAUUAUAGUGAAACUGAUUUAUACCCAAGACCAAGUCAUGCUGAUUGGACUUAUAUCCAAAAGUAUGGUACCAAGUCAACUUCAGGUGGUGGUAGAUCAUCAGCUAGAGAAACUAUUGGUAGAGUUGCAGCUGGGGCAAUUGCAGAAAAAAUUUUAGCAAAAGCCAAUGGGGUUGAAAUUGUUGCAUUUGUAUCUAGUAUUGGAGAAAUUGCCAUGGAUAGAAAUCCAUUAGAUCCAAAGUUCCAAAAAAUUUUAUCAAGUAUUACUAGAGAAGAGGUUGAUGCAGUUGGACCAGUUAGAUGUCCAGAUGAAACUGUUAGAGAAGAAAUGGUUAAAGUUAUUGAAAAAUAUAGAGAUGCAAAAGAUUCAAUUGGUGGUGUUGUUACUUGUGUUAUUAGAAACUGUCCAAUUGGUUUAGGUGAACCAUGUUUUGAUAAAUUAGAAGCUACUUUAGCUCAUGCAAUGUUAUCAUUACCUGCAACAAAAGGUUUUGAAUUUGGUAGUGGAUUUUUCGGUACUACUAUACCAGGUUCAAAACAUAAUGAUCCAUUUAUUUUUGAUGAAUCAAAUAAAAGAUUAAGAACUAAAACCAAUAAUAGUGGUGGUGUUCAAGGUGGUAUUUCAAAUGGUGAAAAUAUUUAUUUCUCAGUUGCUUUCAAAUCAGCCGCUACCAUUAGUCAAGAACAAACUACUGUUACUUAUGAAGGUAAAGAUGGUGUUUUGGCUGCAAGAGGUAGACAUGAUCCAAGUGUCACCCCAAGAGCAGUUCCAAUUGUAGAAUCCAUGGCUGCUUUGGUUUUGGUUGAUCAAUUAUUAAUUCAAAAAUCAAGAGAAUAUGGUAUAAAUAUUUGUAAAAACUAA